ACCCAUGCGGGUCAUUUUCACCCCUUUCACAACGACACACAGAGGUCCCCAAAAAUUGUGUCCGCCAUGAGAAGAGCUUCUUCCUCCGCACUCACCCUCCUUCGCCGCCGCCCGCUCCCAUCUCUCAUCUCCUCCUCCGCAUCCGCCGCCGCGGCCUCCCAAUUUCAGACCCAUCUCAAACACUUUACUCAAACCCCGCCCUUUCUAUCCCGCGAUGCCAACAAGCCCAGGAUGUUCAGCACUCAAACCCCGCCCCCCUACUCGGAAGACGUGUUGAAGGCCGGCAUGGAUGACCUGCAGAUGGGUAUGAAACUCCACAGAGAAGGUAAACCCGAAAAGGCCCUACCUUUUGCCACUAGGGCUUUGCAAUCCUUCUAUAUAGACAAAGACAGUAUUUCAAUGCCCCUUGCCGUAGCCCUUCAUUUGAUGGGUUCUGUAUCUAGUGCUCUAGAAUUGUUUGAUGAGAGCAUAGGGUACCUCAAUUGGGCCAAAUUGGUACUAGGCCAGUUAGAGAUUAGCGGGUCUGUCCAACAUUCUGGGGUUGAACAUGCUGUGGAGCUUGACCUCGUUGAACUUGGAAACGAUUAUAGGAAUCUUGCCAGUGAACACUUCUCUGCUUUGAAAGUCCGCGAGGCAUUGCCGCUUUGUAUGAAGGCACUAGAGAUACACAGGGCACUGUUGGGGGAUGACUCCGUUGAGGUUGCAAAGGAUAGAGAAGUUCUUGGGCUUAUAUACGGCGGGUUAAAAGAUCUUGAUAAAGCUUUAGAGCAGUAUCAACUGUCACUAAAGGUUUUGAAGAAUUUGGGUCAUGGUGAAGAGUUGCUCGAAAUAGAAAUUGAAGCUGCUAAAACUCAGGUUCAAUUGGGAAGGUACGACGAGGCCAUCGAUGCCCUCAAGGGUGUUCUUCCAUUGACUGAUAAGGAUAACAGAGAUAGAGCCAUGAUCUACGUUGCCAUUUCAAAUGCGUUGUCUGGCCAGAAGAAGCUAGAAGAAGCGAAAAAGUGUCUUGAUACUGCUUGCGAGGUUCUCGGCAAGGACGAAAGUAGCUUUCCGUAUGGGGUUGCGACAGCUUGUAUGGAAAUCGGGAUGCUGUAUCAGGCAAUGAAUGCGCUUGAAGAUGCGCUAUCUGUGUUCAACAAAACUUUGCGAAUGUUUGAGAAGAUGCCCGAUGCACUGAAUUAUGCUGGCAGUGUUUCUUGUAUUAUUGAGGAGAUCCUUCUGGCAACCGGGAAAGCAGAGCAGGCAGUUCCUUAUUUGGAGGAUGCAGUCAAAUGGCUUAAAGAGAGCUAUGGGUCGAAUCAUUUCACUGUGGGUUGUGCUUACAAAACUUUAGGCACUGCUUACUUGGAAUUAGAUAGGCCUCAAUCUGCUGCAAAGGUUUCUGCAGAUGCUAAGGAUAUAUUUGAUGCCUCUCUUGGCCCUCACCAUGCUCAUUCAAUAAAGGCUAAUCAAAACCUUUCAAAAGCACAUGCUGCUAUGGAAAGCUAUGAACUUGCAAUUGACUUCCAGAAGAAAGUUGUAGAAGCUUUGGAAGGGAAGGGUUCAAAUGAAGAAAACAAACUUCAAAAAGCUCGCCAGAUUCUCGAGCAGCUGAAGAAGAAAAGAGCGCGUUUGAAUCCUGAUGAAGAAGGCCAAUCACUGUAGAGGCAAACACAAGUUUUUGAAUGUGGAGGAGGCUAUUCACAUUAGAGGCAUUCCUUCUUCUUCUAACUUUAUUUAUGAGCACAAGUCUUGAAAAUAUGAUAGAGAGUAGAAACACAAGUCUUGAAAAUAUGAUAGAGAGUAGUAGAAGUGCAUUAUUUCAUCUCUCCUCAAACAAACUUUCCACUUCUAAUCUAAUUAAGAAAAAAACAUUGUGAGG